AUGGAUGGUGUCCUAUAUAUCAUGUAAAUGUCUUCAAAUAGUAAAAUUCAUUUUAAAAUGGUUGCCUUAGGCCACACUUUGUAUGAGCCGCCCCUGCAUGCGUAUACAUCUAUUUUGCGAAGUGUAUAUAAUAUUAUCUCCCAUUAACGUUGUGCAACAAGACUUUCGGGCUGGAUCUUGCAUCAAAUUCUCUCAGAUUAAUCCCUUCAUUAAUUGAUCCGAAAUGUCGCAGCUGCUAGACCAGGCCAAGAACUUCGUGGCAGAGAAGUUGGCGACCAUAAAGAAACCAGAGGCCACCAUCACUGACGUUGAUUUCAAACGCGUCAGCCUUGACUCGGUGGAUUAUCUUGCUAAGGUGUCUGUCAACAAUCCCUACGGACUUGCCCUCCCCAUCUGCGAGAUCUCUUACGUCCUCAAGAGUGCUGGCAGGGUUAUUGCAUCAGGGACGAUGCCUGACCCAGGGUCACUGAAGGCGAGCGACACGACGUUGCUGGAGGUGCCAGUGAUGGUGCCACACAGUAUAUUGGUGAGCUUGGCAAGGGACAUUGUUGCAGACUGGGACAUAGACUAUGUGUUGGAUUUGGGUCUCACCAUAGACCUCCCCAUUAUUGGAAACUUUACCAUUCCCCUCUCCAACGAGGGAGAAAUCAAGCUUCCAACCAUCUCUGAUAUGUUCUAAACGUUUUCUGUAUCAGGAUAUAUUCGUCUGUACUUUCUUACUGAUCAUCUUGCUCUAGCCUGUCUACAUCUAUAUGUGUGUGUGUGUGAUGGUUGUGGGUUAACAUGCAUAAUACUUCAUGUUAAUGGAACUUUUAAUGCUUUUCAAUUAUAUAUCGGUUUAAUCAUUUCUAA